GCAAGAGCAGGCAAGCAAAACCGAAUCAGUCAGCAUCACGCGCCCGAGCGAGGUGGUCGCGUCUACGCUGCCUUCGUUCGCAAUAAUCACGCGCUAUUUGACAGUCGUGUAGUUGAAUAUGACAUUAGUGUGUCAGGGUGUACACAGUUGAAGCUUAUUGCCUAAGAUCAGAAACUAAGUAUAAUUUGGGCAUUAUUUAUGGUUAACUUUGAUUAUAACCGUAAAACUUUAUUGCUGUAACACAAAUGGGAUGCCAAUAAUUGUUGAGACACACUGUAACAUCAACAUAAAAUAAUAACAACAUCUUUUAGUGUUUAGUGAUUCAAGGCUAAAGCUAAACAGUAGCUAGAAGGGAUCAAACAUUUGUAUGUGUUUGUGCAAUGGUAAUAAGUACUAGUUGGUGAUUGUGCGAUGGCCAAGUGGUGGGUGCCGCUAGCGCUGCUGCUGCACGGCGUGGCGGCGCAUUACACCCCCACGUGGGCGGUGCACGUGCCAGAGGGGAGGGAAGCGGCUGAUGCUGUCGCAGCGGAACACGGAUUCAUCAACCUUGGAGAGAUAUUCGACAACCACUUCCACUUUCAUCAUAACUCGGUGUCGCGGCGGUCGCUGCGGCCGGCGGCGGAGCAUCACGGCAGAUUGGAGAAUGACGCCAGAGUACACUGGGCAAAGCAGCAGCGAGCCCUCUCCAGGAAAAAGAGGGACUUCCAGAUAUUAUACAAUAACAGUACUACAGUUGAAACGGUAACAUCGGAUCCGUACCCGUCAGUGGGUACGAAGCGCGAGGCGGGCAGACGGGAGCUGCAGCGCGCGCGAGUCAAAGGCCGUCUGCGUUCCCUCGACCCCAGGUUCCUGCUUAACGACCCCAAAUGGUCACACAUGUGGUAUCUGAAUCGAGGUGGUGGUUUGGAUAUGAACGUUAUCCCCGCGUGGCAGGAAGGUAUCACUGGCCGUGGUGUUGUGGUCACCAUUCUCGAUGACGGCCUCGAAACUGACCAUCCUGAUCUCAUCGCUAAUUACGAUCCGAUGGCAUCGUAUGACGUGAACUCCCACGACUCCGACCCUCAGCCGAGGUACGACAUGAUUGACUCCAACAGACACGGCACGCGGUGUGCCGGCGAGGUCGCCGCUACCGCCAACAAUUCGCUCUGCGCCGUUGGCGUCGCUUUUGGAGCAAGUGUUGGAGGUGUACGUAUGUUGGACGGUGACGUAACUGAUGCGGUGGAAGCCAGGUCCCUGAGCCUCAACCCUCAGCACGUGGACAUCUACAGCGCCUCCUGGGGACCAGAUGAUGAUGGGAAGACUGUCGACGGUCCCGGCGAGCUAGCUACCAGAGCGUUUAUUGAAGGUGUUACUAAGGGUCGUAACGGAAAAGGUUCAAUAUUCGUAUGGGCGUCCGGCAACGGCGGGCGGGAGCACGACAAUUGCAACUGCGACGGCUACACUAAUUCCAUCUGGACGCUAUCCAUAUCCUCGGCCACAGAACGCGGCGAGGUGCCCUGGUACUCGGAGAUGUGCAGCUCCACGCUAGCCACUACCUACAGCAGCGGAGCUAUUAACGAGAAACAGGUUGUAACAACGGACCUGCAUCACUCAUGCACAGUGACACACACGGGCACGUCCGCGUCAGCUCCACUCGCAGCCGGCAUCUGCGCACUCGCGCUGCAAGCCAACCGCGACCUCACAUGGCGAGACAUGCAGCAUAUCGUUGUUAGAACAGCUCGACCUGAACGUUUGAGCCUGGACGGCAACUGGCGUGUGAACGGUGUGGGACGCAACGUGUCCCACUCGUUCGGGUACGGGUUGCUGGACGCGGCGGGCAUGGUGCGGCUGGCACGCUCGUGGCGCACUGUGCCGCCGCAGAGACGCUGCGAGCUCGCCGCACCGCGCCCGCAGCGACCUGUGCCGCCCAAGUCUUCUGUUGUACUGCAGCUGGAUGUGAGUGCAUGUCCCGGCGUGAAUUAUCUUGAGCACGUACAAGCCCGGGUGUCUCUGUCGGCCGCGCGCCGGGGAGACCUCAGGAUAGCGCUUACCUCGCCCGCCGGCACCAGGGUCACACUACUAGCGCCCAGGGCGCAUGAUUCGUCUCGCGCAGGCUUCAACUCAUGGCCCUUUAUGUCAGUUCACAUGUGGGGGGAGGCUCCAUUGGGCGUUUGGCAACUAGAAGUCUCAAAUGAAGGGCGUUAUAUGGCUGGACCAUUAACGCAGUGGGAACUGAUAUUCUACGGCACUGAGACUCCGGCGCAGGAGUAUGACGCCUCCCCCGAGAGCAACUCUCUGGGCACAAACGGGGGCGGGGGCGCGAGUGCUGGGGCAGAAGGACAGAGCGGGGCGGGGGCGGGGGCGGGGGCCGGCAAGAGCACAUGGGGGGGCGUCAGUCUGCCUGACUCCGAGGAGGUCAGGCAGAACGGCAUCGACGAUGAUCUCGCUCUAGUUUGGCACGACUCUCACGCGAUUCGGGAAGAAGGUUUACUGGGUUCGUCAGGAUCAUCGGAGACAUCAAGCGGUGGGAUAUCAGGCUGCGCGACUCGGGCGCCACAACUUCCUCACCGUUGUUUAGAAUGCGCGAAGGGUUUGCACUUGUACGACGGUCGAUGUCAUACGAGAUGUCCCGACGGUACAUACGCCAGCGAGAUUCUAAUGGAACGCAGCUCGAGGAGACGGAAUCUUACUUAUUUUUCUGAACAAGCUGCUGCAAGCGAUAGUAAGUCUGGACCGACGGCAAUGGAAGCCGUAGAUAUGGAACCUCGAUCUGAAACAAAGGGGAAAGCACCCUUAUUAUGUCUCCCUUGUCACUACACCUGCGCCACAUGUUCAGGCCCACAUAGCAGUCAAUGUACUUCAUGUUUAGACGACGCCCAGUUAUUCAAUUUAACAGACAGCGAAUCUAAAUUUUAUUGUUACCCGAAUACUGUUCUUCCACAGAUAACGAAUGCCCAUUGGUAUUACAAUCUUAAUGUUAUCUUGGUUAUUGUAUUAGUUGCAUUUAUCGUCAUAGGAUUUUAUAUUUAUUUUAAAUAUUUGAAUGAUAAAUGCUGUUUAAAUCAAGCGCAUUAUAAUUCGAACAUAAAAGUGGCUUACAACAAGCUGGCUGUUGAUGACAAACAUCAGAGCGCGUUGGAAAUCGAGGAGGAGAUACACAAAGCGAUCAAAUACACGACUGAUAGUGAAUCAGAGGAAGAGCUUCGCUUGUAGCGAACAUGAAUUUGCUAAUUGACACGUAGCAAUGCAGGGUUGGAUUUGUGAUUUUAUAAAUCUGUCACAAAUAUGGAUAACGCAGGAAUUUUUAGAAAUUUUAUAUAGAACUAUUUAAACUGGAUUGUACUUUUAAUGUACGAUUUAAUAUGUUUAUUUCAUUCCAAAAAAUGUGAUAAAACAUUCCUUUAUUUUGAUAACGAAAUUGGAAUUAUAAGUUUGUCUAUAGUUCGAAGAUAAAUAACAGGGGACCAAAAGAAAUUUAAAAAAAAAUUGAAUAAAUCUGAGUAUUUUGCUUACAUUAAUAUUCUAAAUUCAAAUGAGUUCAAAUUUUAACAUUCAAGGGUCAUUGCGCAAAUACAUAAAACCACAAGCUCUUGCAAUUUCAAACGUUUGGCGAAGUAAUGGCGGUAACCAGACUCUCAUCCAGUUAUCGACCCCUAUUUUAAAUGACCUUAAUGCAUAUUAGUAACUUUUGCUAGUUUCACACGAGGGUAGGUAACAGUAAAGCAGAGCAUGUACUAAUAUUGUUUAUGCGCACAUUUACAGUAAAUCAAUAGCAGUACUGUUCUGUGUAACUUUUCUCGCCUUCGUAUGAAUAUUGAUUAAAUAUUAGUACAUAUAUCUUUCUACAUAUAAAUUAUAUAAAUGGUUACUUUAAGUUGAAAAUAACAUAAGAACUCGUGAUUCAUCUUCUACUUAAGAUUUGCUCAAGUUGCCAUGUCGUAUUUAGUGUAUAUAAUUUUAAAGUUUUUUGAGCUAUUCAUUUUGUAAAUAGAAUUUUUUUUUGUAA